AAUAAAAGUGAAAAGCUCAAAAUUUUGCAUCAAUUGGUUUCAACAAACGCGCAACAAUGAGUGCAAGCAACGGCAACAACAACAGCAACAACAACAGCAACAGCAACAGCAACGGCAACAGCAAUGGCAAUAGCAAUGGGAAUGGCCAUGAGCGAGAGCAGCAGCCACAGCCACAGCCACAGCCACAGCCACGAGCACGAGCAACAGCAACAGCAGCAACUGCAACUACUGCCAGCAACACGCGUCAAUUUGUGGAUAUUGCAACAGCAACAACAAUAACAACAUCAACGUCUGUCAUGCCGCGCCCUGCCACAGCGCCGGAGCGUGGCAGACGCACCAGCAGCAGCAGCAGCAGCAACAACAACAACAUCAACAAUAACAAUUACAGCAACAACAUCAGCUUGCCAGCCAGCAGCAACAGCAACAGCAACAGCAACAGCAACAACAAUCAAAAGCAACAGCAUCAGGCCAGCAACAACAAUCACAACAACAGCGAGAGCAGCAACAGCAGCAGCUUGAUGGUCAGCGGCAUCAGCAACAACAACACGGCAGCAACAAUAUCGCACAGCAGCAACACGAACAGCAGCAGCAACAGCAACAGCAACAACAAUCACAUCUAUGUGAAUCCGCAUAGCUAUGACAGCAACAGCACCACCGGCAGCGGCAACAUCAGUGGCUCGACGGCAAUCAUGCUGCCGCUGCCGCUGACGCUGCAACUGCUGCCCGACCAGAGCAAUGCGAGCAGCAGCAGCAAUGGCCUCAGCCUGGGCGCCAUCAGUCGGCCGGGGACAACGACAACGCUCAGCACCCUGAAUACAUAUCUGUUUCCGUGUGGUGCCGACUCGGCGGGCACCAUCGGCGGCGGCACCUUCAACGGCAGCGCCAGCUGCGAUCUGGACAGCAACUUCAGCCAAAUGGUGGCUGGCGGCAGCGAGGCGGGCAGCUCCACGGCGCACAGUCCCUGCCCCAUGGCAUUUGCGGCGGGUGGUGCAGCGGCCGGCGGCGGCGCGGCCGGUGCGGCGGGUGGUGCGCUGGGACUGGCUGUCAACUUUGGUGGCUUCAUCAAUAAGCGGCGCAUACGCAAGCUGUUUGGCGUCGGCGGCUCAGCGAACGGCGACGGCUUUGGGCCCUACGGCUCCGCGUUGCGGCGCCGCAGCUCGCAGCUGGUGCAGUUCCACAAGAAGAAGCAGCAGAUGGAGCAGCUCGAGCAGCAGCAGCGCAUUGCCACGGUGGCCUCGGCGAACGCGGCGUUUCUGGAGAAGCGCGAACAGCAACAGCUACAGCUGCAGCAGCAGCAACAGCAGCUACAGCUGCAACAGCAGCAGCAACAGCCAGCGAUUUUGCUGCUGCAGCCGCAGCCCGAGAAGAAGAAGAAGAAGCCGCCAGGACCGCCCCCACAGGUGCGCCAGCAGGCAUCGCGCACCAUGGACGAUCCGCUAAUGAAUCGGCCGCGCAAGAGCACGCCGGCAUCUGGCAAGAAGAAGGACAAGGACAAGGAGAAGGACUUCUACAAGGACUAUGGCUAUGAGAAGUCUUUGCCCAAAUUGAGCAGUCAAGACGAAGAAGGGGGGGCUGGUCAUGGCUUUGGUGGCGGACCACAACACUUUGAACCCAUUCCUCACGAUCAUGAUUUCUGCGAGAGAGUCGUUAUAAAUGUAAGCGGGUUAAGGUUUGAAACACAACUGCGUACGCUAAAUCAGUUCCCGGACACACUGCUUGGGGAUCCAGCUCGAAGAUUACGGUACUUUGACCCGCUUAGAAAUGAAUAUUUUUUUGACCGUAGUCGUCCGAGCUUCGAUGCGAUUUUAUACUAUUAUCAGAGUGGUGGCCGACUACGGAGACCGGUCAAUGUCCCUUUAGACGUAUUUAGUGAAGAAAUAAAAUUUUAUGAAUUAGGUGAUCAAGCAAUUAAUAAAUUCAGAGAGGAUGAAGGCUUUAUUAAAGAGGAAGAAAGACCAUUACCGGAUAAUGAGAAACAAAGAAAAGUCUGGCUGCUCUUUGAGUACCCAGAGAGCUCGCAAGCCGCCAGAGUUGUAGCCAUAAUUAGUGUAUUUGUUAUAUUGCUAUCAAUUGUUAUAUUUUGUCUAGAAACAUUACCCGAAUUUAAGCAUUACAAGGUGUUCAAUACAACAACAAAUGGCACAAAAAUCGAGGAGGACGAGGUGCCUGACAUCACAGAUCCUUUCUUCCUUAUAGAAACGUUAUGUAUUAUUUGGUUUACAUUUGAACUAACUGUCAGGUUCCUCGCAUGUCCGAACAAAUUAAAUUUCUGCAGGGAUGUCAUGAAUGUUAUCGACAUAAUCGCCAUCAUUCCGUACUUUAUAACACUAGCGACUGUCGUUGCCGAAGAGGAGGAUACGUUAAAUCUUCCAAAAGCGCCAGUCAGUCCACAGGACAAGUCAUCGAAUCAGGCUAUGUCCUUGGCAAUAUUACGAGUGAUACGAUUAGUUCGAGUAUUUCGAAUAUUUAAGUUAUCUAGGCAUUCGAAGGGUUUACAAAUAUUAGGACGAACUCUGAAAGCCUCAAUGCGGGAAUUAGGUUUACUUAUAUUUUUCUUAUUUAUAGGCGUUGUACUAUUCUCAUCGGCCGUUUAUUUCGCGGAGGCUGGCAGCGAAAGUUCCUUUUUCAAGUCCAUACCCGACGGAUUCUGGUGGGCCGUGGUGACCAUGACUACGGUGGGAUAUGGUGAUAUGAGGCCCGUCGGCUUCUGGGGCAAAAUUGUCGGCUCUUUGUGCGUGAUCGCUGGUGUGCUGACAAUCGCACUGCCGGUACCGGUUAUCGUCAGUAAUUUCAAUUACUUCUAUCACCGCGAAACGGAUCAGGAGGAGAUGCAGAGCCAAAAUUUCAACCACGUUACAAGUUGUUCAUAUUUACCUGGUGCACUAGGUCAACAUUUGAAAAAAUCCUCACUCUCCGAAUCGUCAUCGGACAUUAUGGAUUUGGAUGAUGGCAUUGAUGCAACCACGCCAGGUCUGACUGAUCAUACGGGCCGCCACAUGGUGCCAUUUCUGAGAACGCAGCAAUCGUUUGAAAAGCAACAGCUGCAGCUGCAACUGCAGCAGCAGCAGCAGGGACUCCAGCCGGGACAGCAGCAGCAGCUCGGCCAGAACGGCCUGAGGAGCACUAACAGCUUACAGUUAAGGCAUAAUAACGCAAUGGCCGUCAGUAUUGAGACCGACGUCUGACUACUAGUCAAACAAAUGGAAAGCAGACGAAACUUGCGCAGUGAAAUGUUACGUUGGAUGCCAGAAACGUCAUCAAAAGCAGUCUAAUUUAGAAUUUUAUUAAUGAAUAAAUAUUAAAGUAAUAAUAAUAAUUAUAAUUAUAAUUAUAAUAAUAAUGAUUAUAAUAAGCAGCGUAGUUGUAAAUUAAACAGCAAAUUGUAGAACAGACUACACUUAAACACACAUACACACACAUACACACACACACACAUACACACACACACACACACACACACACACACACACACACACACACACACACACACGCACGCACAUUUAGUGCAGCGGCUUGAUAAAGAUAAAGUAGCUACAAGUCGAAAUAGCGUUAGUCUUUUUUUAAUAAAUUCAAAUUCGGCAGCCACAAUUUACACAGCUGCUCAACGAACACCAACACACACACACACACAAACACAAAACAGAUAUAUGAAAUACUUAUACCUAUGUUCAAAUUUAGCAAUUAAUGAACUAACAAUCGUUAUAGUCAAACAAGCAAACAAAACAAAAUGAAGAGAAUGCAGAG